CAGGAGAACACAAGGGAGCUCACCACAAUCAUCAAGACCAGGAGAAACAGCCAAACUUCAUCCCUCAAACCUUCCUAAGAUGAAGACAUUCAGUGUUGCCGUUGCAGUGGCCGUGCUGCUCACAUUUAUCUGUCUUCAUCAGAGCUCUGCUGUCCCACUCACUGAAGAGCAGGAGCUGGAGGAGCCAAUGAGCAUUGAAUAUCCAGCAGCAGCACAUGAGGAGGCAUCAGUGGACUCAUGGAAGAUGCUGUAUAACAGCAGACAGAAGCGCGGCAUCAAGUGUCGCUUUUGCUGUGGCUGCUGCAACCCCGGUGUGUGUGGAGUUUGCUGCAGAUUCUGAGGAUUCCUGCUCCAACAACCACUAAAUAUUAACUUGUUAACCUUUUCCAGUAUAAAACAAAAUGUAUGAUUGCAAAACUUUAACUGACACAUUAUGCUUGAUGUGGCUGCUUCAUCCACACAUUUGUUUAAUAUGUAUUAUUCAACCUAUUCAACCUAUUCAGAUGUCAGUCCCUUGGUGAUGUG